GGGAAACGCCGGUGGCGGGGCAAGAUGGCCGCGCACCUGUCGUACGGGCGAGUGAACCUGAACGUGUUGCGCGAGGCGGUGCGUCGCGAGCUGCGCGAGUUUCUGGACAAGUGCGCUGGGAGCAAGGCAAUAGUAUGGGAUGAAUACUUAACAGGACCGUUUGGACUGAUUGCACAGUAUUCACUACUCAAGGAGCAUGAAGUGGAAAAAAUGUUCACUCUUAAAGGAGGCCGUUUGCCAGCCGCUGAUGUCAAGAAUAUCAUUUUUUUGGUCAGACCCAGGCUAGAGUUGAUGGACAUAAUUGCUGAGAAUGUGCGCAGUGAGGACAGACGUGGCCCUACCAGGGAUUUCCACAUUUUGUUUGUGCCACGCCGGAGCUUGUUGUGUGAGCAACGGUUGAAGGACCUGGGUGUUUUAGGAUCCUUCAUUUAUCAAGAGGAAUACAGUUUAGACCUCAUUCCAUUUGAUGGGGACCUCUUAUCCAUGGAAUCAGAGGGCGCGUUCAGAGAGUGCUACCUGGAAGGUGACCAGACAAGCCUGUACCACGCAGCUAAGGGACUGAUGACCCUGCAGGCACUGUACGGUACAAUUCCCCAGAUCUUUGGGAAGGGAGAAUGUGCUCGGCAAGUGGCCAACAUGAUGGUCAGGAUGAAGAGGGAGUUCACAGGAAGCCAGAACUCCGUGUUCCCCGUGUUUGACAACCUCCUGCUGCUUGACCGCAACGUGGAUCUGCUGACGCCGCUGGCCACCCAGCUCACAUACGAAGGGCUCAUCGAUGAGAUUUACGGCAUUCAGAACAGUUAUGUGAAGUUACCGCCAGAGAAAUUUGCACCCAAGAAGCAGGGUGCCGGGGGCGGAAAGGACCUUCCCACGGAGGCAAAGAAGCUUCAGCUAAACUCCGCAGAGGAGCUCUAUGCCGAGAUCCGAGACAAGAACUUCAACGCCGUGGGCUCUGUGCUCAGCAAGAAGGCGAAGAUCAUCUCUGCUGCCUUUGAGGAGCGGCACAACGCCAAGACGGUCGGGGAGAUUAAGCAGUUCGUUUCCCAGCUACCGCACAUGCAGGCAGCCCGGGGAUCUCUGGCCAACCACACCUCAAUCGCAGAGUUAAUCAAAGAUGUCACCACUUCUGAAGACUUCUUUGAUAAGCUAACCGUGGAGCAGGAGUUCAUGUCCGGGAUAGACACUGAUAAGGUCAACAAUUACAUUGAGGACUGUAUUGCCCAAAAGCACCCUCUCAUCAAGGUGUUGAGACUGGUCUGCCUCCAGUCUGUAUGCAACAGUGGGCUCAAGCAGAAGGUUCUGGACUACUACAAAAGGGAGGUUCUCCAGACCUACGGCUAUGAGCACAUACUGACCUUGAACAACCUGGAGAAGGCGGGCCUGCUAAAGGCGCAGACCGGGGCCAGAAACAACUACCCAACCAUCCGGAAGACCUUACGCCUCUGGAUGGACGACGUCAAUGAACAAAACCCUACAGACAUAUCCUACGUGUACAGUGGCUAUGCGCCGCUCAGUGUGCGACUGGCUCAGCUCCUUUCCCGGCCGGGUUGGCGGAGCAUCGAGGAGGUUCUGCGCAUUCUCCCGGGGCCCCACUUUGAAGAGCGGCAGCCUCUGCCCACUGGGCUGCAGAAGAAACGCCAGCCAGGAGAAAACAGAGUGACGCUGAUAUUUUUCCUCGGGGGCGUUACCUUUGCUGAAAUAGCCGCCCUGCGCUUUCUCUCCCAGCUGGAAGAUGGGGGCACUGAGUAUGUCAUCGCCACCACUAAACUGCUGAACGGCAGCAGCUGGAUUGAGGCUCUAAUGGAGAAGCCUUUGUAGGCCACUCAGAGGACACGGGACAGGUCAUCAAGGAUGAGACUCUGAACAAGUCCCCGAGAUGAUGGAAAGCCCAGAAGCAGGACAGAAGCCGCAGGCUCAGCCACUGCUGCUCCCUCCUUCCUGCUCCUCUCUGUGCUCCUACAGCCUUAAGAAAGAAGGGUCAGCGUGGGUAAAGAGACACUGAGCUGGGCG